CGGGGUGCUCCUGAAAUAAGCACAGGUUGUGCACGACGCCUCUUCUCCUCGGGGAUGCUCUGGCCCAGGCAUGGCCAGGAUCUCCCUGUCGGGGAGGCGCACUAAGCAUUUACUGCAAAGCCACCUGCGACAAGCAAGUGCAGAAACUGAGGCCCAACUGCACGCGAGGACCUUAUCCCAAGCCUCUUUUCUUCCCCAGCUGGGACCCCCUUUCUUUGCUCUGCACGCCUUUCUUUACCCGCAGGAAACACCAUUUGCGAAAAAGGCAAGCGCAAAUCGCAAGAAAAGCAUGCGUUCUGCCAGGCGUGGUGGCGUUCACCUGUCAUCCCAGCUGCAAGCUCGAGGGCAGCCUAGGCUACAUAAGUAAGUUCAAGGCCAGUCUGCAGUACAAAGUGAGACCCCCAGCUCAAAAAAACGAAAACAAACACAAAAAAAGGCGUGCGUACGCGUACAUUCACUACAGGCACGCCACCCGCACACAAUGCCACAAUGCGCAUUUGCUUGCGGAGCCCAGGCCCUGCAGGGCAGUCCCGCCUCUCCGCCCUUCACUAACAUGGCCACCUCAGCGACAGCCCUUUCUGCGCACACGGACCGGUCGCCUCUGACGUCAUCGGCGUGCGCCAGUGGUCCCGGUGAUGGCAGAUGCGGCACGUGGACUCGGAUUUGGAAACUCCGCCGCAGCUAUGGACACGCCGCUCAGGCGCAGCCGGCGACUGGAAGGCCUGACGCCAGAGGCCGCCGAGAGCUUCGCCUCAGCCGGACAGUCGAGACAGGCUUUCGUGGAGAUCGCUGCAGGCCCGGAAGAAGCGCAGGAGCCUGGCCAGGGGUCCCUGCCACGCCCAUCCGAGAGCAGCGCGGGACCGCUCACCAGAGAGCAGCGGGGCGCGGACGCGGGGUCCCCCCGAGGGCAGCGCGGGCCAGGCCCGGAGACGCCCCCGAGACGGCCAGAGGCGCGUCCUGAAGCCCCUCAGCAUGUUGACUUGCCGGGAUCCCCGAAGUCGGGCCCAGGGUCGCCGGAGCCGGAGCCCGUGCAGCCAGGCGAGGAACCAACGCCUCGGAUCCCCGGGCCCUCCCGGAGCCAGCAAGGGCCCAGCGAGCCGCGCCCAGCCGCGGAGACCGUACCCGGUGGUGGUGGAGACGACAGCGCAGAGAAGCGGCACAGACCUUCGGGCCGGUCCCCAGCGCCCAAGAAGCGGAAAGGGGAGAGGGAAGAGGCGCUGCCCGUAAUCCCUAAGGGGAGGCCCAAGUCCGGGCGCGUGUGGAAGGACCGGGCCAAAAAGAGAUUCUCGCACAUGGUUCAGGACAAGCCACUGCACACGUCCUGGCAGCGCAAGAUGAAGGAGCGGCAGGAGCGGAAGCUGGCCAGGGACUUUGCUCGGCACCUAGAGGAAGAGAAGGCGAGGCGCCGGCAGGAGAAGAAGCAGCGCCGGGCGGAGAACCUGAGACGCCGCCAGGAGAAUGAGCGGAGGGCCGAGGUCGUGCAGGUGAUCCGAAACCCUGCCAAGCUCAAGCGGGCAAAGAAAAAGCAGCUGCGUUCCAUCAUGAAGCGGGACACCCUUGCCCUGCUGCAGAAACAGCCACCCCGGCAGCUGGCGGCUAACACCUAAGUGCAGGACAGCUGGGCCUCACAACCUUCAGGCCACCCAAUGGACACUUCUGCCAGAAACGGCCCCGCAGGCUUGAGCAUGGAUAGGGCCAGCAGGGCCUAGGCUGGGAGGCUCAGCUCAGGCCCUUCCCUGUCCUUUGCCGAGUGCCUUCUGCCUCAGACAGUAACUGGUGACCGAGUGUGCCCAGUCCUCCCAGAAGGCAGCCCAGCUGACAGCGUCCUCACCCAGGGAAUCUAGCCACUCCCACCCGGCACUGAAGGAUCAGGAAUGUGGCCUUGUGGGGAGCCAGUUCCCCAGCACCCUCUUCCUACCCCAGCUCUAUGCAAGCCCCAAAGGGAGGGAGGGGGAGGGUAUUUGAGUGCCUAGUGGGGUGGGGUGUGGUGCAGGCCACAGGCCAAGAGGGGCUCUAACUCCUUGGAGAAACAAUAAACAAGUGACUGGCA